UGAAUGAUAAAUAAUAUACAGUAAUAAUGCAAUUACCUUAUCCUGUUUAAAGCGUAGCCGCUGUCUAAGGCAGUUUUCAUGUUUUCAUGCUUUCUCGGAAGUAUAAUUGGACAUGAUCGCCGUUUAUUGAUGCUAUAGGGCACGUUUGACAGGUCAAGUUCCCAGUCAAAAUCAUGACAAGUCAUAAUUUUGUUAAACAUUUCUUGUCCCAGUUCCUACCUUCUGCUAAUAAAGAAGUGGCUACGUUUAAAUAUAAGGACAUGUGUUUUCUUAAUCCCUGGUUUUAAACCGAUUUAAAUACAAGUUGACAAUAUACAUAUGUAAAAUGCAACAUAUCGACUGGAAAUCUUUAUAACACCUAGUACCUGUUAUUGUUAUGUGUCAAUAUUGGUACUUGCAAUAGUUCAUUUAGAGUAUACGUGACGAUAUCACGUAUGCGCAAAGCGCAGCAUUUGCGUUUUGGAACUUGAGGAAAACGAAAGUUGCGCGUUUCCUUCUGCAGUAAAUCCCGCCUCUGGGGCUUUAUGCCAAGCAUCCGAUUGGAUGAUAGCUUGCCGUCAAGCGGUUUGUGCGAAUCUGGGAUUGGCGCAGACUUUGCAAAAGUGCGCCAACUGAGCGCUCUGCAGAAAUUUGUUUGUGUGAGUUACAUGAAAAACACGCUGGAAGUGUAGCAAGAGGACAUGGCUUCAACGAGUAAAGCGGCAUUACAGACAAGAAAUCUACCGUGGGUUGAGAAGUACAGGCCACAGACGUUGGAUGAUCUCAUCUCUCACCAAGACAUCCUGAGUACAAUUCAGAAGUUCAUCAAUGAGGACCGCUUGCCGCAUCUCCUCUUCUACGGACCUCCGGGAACGGGGAAGACCUCAACUAUUCUCGCUUGUGCCAAGCAGCUGUACAAGGACAAAGAGUUCAAUUCCAUGGUCUUGGAGUUGAAUGCAUCGGAUGACAGGGGAAUUGACGUCGUCCGAGGGCCCAUCCUGAGCUUCGCCAGCACACGGACUAUUUUCAAGAAAGGCUUCAAGUUGGUUAUAUUAGACGAGGCAGAUGCCAUGACCCAGGAUGCACAGAACGCCCUGAGGAGAGUUAUCGAGAAGUUUACAGAGAACACCAGGUUUUGCCUGAUCUGCAAUUACCUGUCCAAGAUCAUCCCAGCCCUGCAGUCCAGGUGCACACGCUUCCGCUUCGGCCCGCUGUCCCGGGACCAGAUCGUCCCCAGGCUGGAGUAUGUCACCCAGCAGGAGAACAUUGACAUCAGCCCAGAUGGAGUGAAGGCACUGGUCACGUUGUCCUCGGGAGAUAUGCGGAAGGCCUUAAACAUCUUGCAGAGCACCAGCAUGGCAUACGGGAAGGUGACAGAGGACUCUGUGCACACAUGCACAGGCCAUCCGCUGAAGUCGGACAUCGCCAACAUCCUGGACUGGGCCCUGAACAAAGACUUCACCUCGGCCUACAAGCAGAUCCUACAUCUCAAAACCCUCAAAGGCCUGGCAUUGCAGGACAUCCUGACUGAGGUCCAUCUUCUCAUCCACAGAGUGGACUUCCCACCGUCGAUUCGAAUAGGCUUGCUCAUCAAGUUGGCGGACAUCGAGUACCGCUUAGCGUCUGGGACAAGUGAGAAGAUUCAGCUGAGUUCAAUGGUGGCGGCAUUCCAGGCUGUGCGAGACCUGGUGGUCAGCAGCACAUGAGCCGUCACCCUCCCUGUGGUGGCCCCCCAACCCAAGAGACAACACUUUUGUAGUUAUAAAUGCUUUAAUGAUUUUCGAAAUAAAUAUUUUGCACUUGCAUGA